ACGCUGUGUUUUUAUUUUAUUUUAUUUUUUAAGAAGAGAAGUCGGAAGAAAGGAAACGCAUGAUACAAGACCCCUCCCCCCCCCAUCUUGUUGUUGCUUUUCUCUCCUUUUUUUUUCGGCGUCUGAGCUUUUUUGGACACGACGUCUUGUUGUCGAUCCUGACACCAUAAUACAUAAUAAAGACGCCGUAUUACACGAAACAUACACACACACACACUACUCAAAAGCACGUCCCCCGCAUCGCAAACUCCCCAACCAUGAAGAAGACCCAGAUCUCGUCUCUCCUCAUGCUGCUGCUCCCCGCCCUCGCCCUGGCCCUUCCAACACAGCAGCCACAACAAGCCCACAGCAGCGACCUGCAUCGCAGAUUCACAUGCCCUGCCAACGUGCAGGACUUUUGCUCCGCUUCCAACAUUCACUCGAGUUGUGAGAAUGGCAGGUUUACGUCGGGGGCGAUGGAUACGUGCGGAGAAUGCCAUUGUUGAUUGAGAGGAGGAGAAGGAGAGAGGAGGAGAAGGAGGAGAGAGCUUGAAAGAAUGGAAGAAGGAAAGAUUGAGUGGAAAAGAGAGCGAGAACGUACGGCAGUGGUGACGAUGGUAAUACGGGCGAGUUUGUUUGGUUGAUGUAUGGCAUACGGGAGUUUUUAAUUAAUUACUGCGCGUUGAUUCUUAUUCGACAUUAUCAAGAGUGGAAAUUAUUGUUUGCUAUUCUUUAGUUCAGUUAAUGCAAAAGCAAAAAUUGGGCGUCAGGCCUAUCGAAUCUAUCUAAAUCCAUC